GCGGAAGUGGCGGCGGCGCCGGCCUGGCCUGGCCUGGCUGAGGGGAGGCGGCGGGCGGGCGCGAUGGCGGAGGCUGGGCCACAGGCGCCGCCGCCCCCAGGCACCCCAAGCCGGCACGAGAAAAGCUUGGGACUUCUCACUACCAAGUUCGUGUCGCUUCUGCAGGAAGCCAAGGACGGCGUGCUUGACCUCAAGCUGGCAGCUGACACCCUAGCUGUGCGCCAGAAGCGGCGGAUAUAUGACAUUACUAACGUGCUGGAAGGUAUCGGGCUGAUCGAGAAAAAAUCCAAGAAUAGCAUCCAGUGGAAGGGUGUGGGGCCUGGCUGCAACACCCGGGAGAUUGCGGACAAGCUAAUUGAGCUCAAGGCAGAGAUCGAGGAGCUGCAGCAGCGGGAGCAAGAACUAGACCAGCACAAGGUGUGGGUGCAGCAGAGCAUCCGGAACGUCACAGAGGACGUGCAGAACAGCUGCUUGGCCUACGUGACUCAUGAGGACAUCUGCAGAUGCUUUGCUGGAGAUACCCUCCUUGCCAUCCGGGCCCCAUCGGGCACCAGCCUGGAGGUGCCCAUCCCAGAGGGCCUCAACGGGCAGAAGAAGUACCAGAUUCACCUGAAGAGCGUAAGCGGCCCCAUUGAGGUGCUUCUGGUGAACAAGGAGGCAUGGAGCUCACCGCCCGUGGCGGUGCCUGUGCCACCACCCGAAGACCUGCUCCAGAGCCCGCCUGCUGUCUCUACCCCUCCGCUUCUGCCCAAGCCUGCCCUGGCCCAGCCCCAGGAUGCCUCACGCCCGAGUAGUCCCCAGGCGACCACCCCCAACCCUGUCCCCAGUAGCACCGAGGCCCAGGGGGUGGCUGGUCCAGCAGCUGAGAUCCCAGGUUUGGGGGAUGUGGUUGCAGCGAGUGGAGGCCAUGGAACCGAGAGCAAGGACAGUGGUGAACUCAGCUCCCUCCCGCUGGGCCUGGCAGCUCUGGACACCCGGCCACUGCAGUCCUCUGCCCUGUUGGAUAGCAGCAGCAGCAGCAGCAGCAACAGCAGUUCAUCUGGACCCAACCCUUCUACCUCCUUUGAGCCCAUCAAGGCAGACCCCACAGGUGUUUUGGAGCUCCCCAAAGAGCUGUCAGAAAUCUUUGAUCCCACUCGAGAAUGCAUGAGUUCAGAGCUCUUGGAGGAGCUGAUGUCCUCAGAAGUGUUUGCACCCCUCCUCCGCCUUUCUCCGCCCCCUGGAGACCAUGAUUACAUCUACAACCUGGACGAGAGUGAAGGUGUCUGUGACCUCUUUGAUGUGCCUGUUCUCAACCUCUGACUGACAGGAGCAUGCCCUUUGUGGCUGGGACACAGACUGUCUGACCUGGGGGCUGCCUGGGGACCUAUCCCCACUCCCCCACAGCUUAAGAGCCACAGACUUCUGGCUUCCCCAGCCUUCCCUCACUGCACAGUUCUGGCCCCAAGUCCUGCUCCUGCAAGUCCACCUGUUCUGUGCUGGGAGAGCCGGGGAAAGGAGCAUAGCCCCCUCCACCAUGGAGCCAAAGUGUUUGCCUCUCCUUUUGGGGGGCCUUACCCUACCUGGUAUCCUCCUCGAGCCCUCCCAGAGUUCAGGUUCAGCUGCCACCCAGUGGCACAGAACCAAGGACCCUCCAUCACCCUCACAGGGCCACUUGUCCAUUCCCAUUGCCCUGUACCUGCCAGGCCUUCCCCCUUCCAGGAGGAAGUCUGGGGUGGGGAUGGGCACAUGCCAGCACCACCCCUGGCCUCCUUAACGUUUCCCCAUGCCUGAUCACACACCUCCUCCUGGACUUCUCAUGUGCCCCCUCUUCUGCUGGGCCCUUGGCCCUGAGGACCUGUUGACAUGGGGGUGCUAACAGGAAGGAAUGGAGAUUUCUAGCUAAGAAUCUGGGCUGCUGAGUCCCUAAGGAUUGGCCCAGCCUCCCUCUGCCCCAUAGCCCCCCUCUUGUUUAUUCAUUUACCCUCAUUUAGAGCCAUUUGCAGAGAUUUAGAAAGAUUUGCAGUAACGGAUGGAUUCCUAUAUAAAGAUUAUUUUUAUACUUUUUGCAACAAAAGGAAAUUGUAAUAUUUGUACAGUAUCCAAGUAAAUAAAGAUCGUGCCUAAGGCUA